AUGGCAUUUCUUGCACUGCACGUGUUGAUUGGGAUAUUUAUUUACUUUAGCAGUGUAAAAGGAUCUUCCCAGCCUCAAGCAAGGGUGUUUUUAACAUUCAAUGAGCUGCAAGAAACAAAGACCUCCGAAUAUCACAGAAUAUCCCACAGUCCUCUGGAUUACAGGAUAUUAUUAAUGGAUGAAGAUCAGGAUCGGAUCUACGUGGGCAGCAAAGAUCAUAUUCUGUCUUUGAAUAUUAAUAAUAUAAGCCAGGACCCUCUCAGUAUUUUCUGGCCAGCGUCAGCAAACAAGGUUGAAGAGUGCAAAAUGGCUGGCAAAGAUCCUACGCAUGGUUGUGGGAAUUUUGUGCGUGUGAUACAGUCAUACAAUCGCACACACCUGUAUGUCUGUGGCAGCGGCGCCUUCAGCCCCGUGUGUGUGUAUGUCAACCGAGGGCGCAGGUCCGAGGAACAAAUCUUCAAGAUUGACUCCAAGUGUGAAUCAGGGAAGGGACGCUGUUCUUUCAACCCUAAUGUGAACACGGUGUCUGUUAUGAUCAAUGAAGAGCUUUUUUCAGGAAUGUAUAUUGAUUUCAUGGGGACGGAUGCGGCCAUUUUUCGGAGCCUGACCAGGAGGAAUGCAGUGCGAACCGACCAGCACAACUCCAAGUGGCUGAGUGAGCCUAUUUUUGUGGAUGCUCAUGUUAUCCCAGAUGGCACUGACCCCAACGAUGCCAAAAUCUACUUCUUCUUCAAAGAGAGACUCACAGACAACAGUGGCAGCACAAAGCAAAUUCAUUCAAUGAUUGCAAGAAUAUGCCCGAAUGACACAGGUGGUCAGCGUAGUCUCGUGAACAAGUGGACAACAUUCUUGAAAGCAAGACUUGUAUGCUCAGUGAUGGACGAAGAUGGAACAGAAACGUACUUUGAUGAAUUAGAGGAUGUGUUUCUUUUAGAGACAGAUAACCCCAGAACAACGCUUGUGUAUGGAAUUUUUACAACAUCAAGCUCCAUAUUUAAAGGCUCAGCUGUGUGUGUGUAUCAUCUAUCUGACAUCCAGACCGUGUUCAAUGGGCCAUUUGCACACAAGGAGGGCCCAAACCACCAGCUGAUUCCAUAUCAGGGCAGAAUUCCAUACCCGAGACCUGGCACCUGUCCAGGAGGAGCCUUCACACCUAAUAUGCGGACAACCAAAGAGUUUCCAGACGAUGUUGUGACCUUCAUCAGGAACCACCCUUUGAUGUUUAAUCCCAUUUACCCAAUACACAAGAGGCCAUUAAUCAUUCGGAUAGGAGCCGACUACAAGUAUACAAAGAUUGCUGUGGAUCGAGUGAAUGCUGCUGAUGGAAGAUACCAUGUCUUGUUUCUUGGAACAGGUAAGACAAGCUUAGCAACAGUCAUUUUCCUCCAUUGCAUUAUAAUUUGCAAUCAACACCAAUCU